AUGAAGCUCACUACAGUCGUCGGUUCAGCUUUUCUGGGCUUUGCUUCAGCUCGAAACAGCACAUACGAUUACAUCGUAGCUGGUGCUGGAGCUUCAGGUCUUGUCGUCGCUGAGAGACUCGCUGUUGCGGGACACAAGGUUCUUCUUGUUGAACGAGGUGGUCCGUCGUUCUACUCGACUGGCAACCGAGAUGACUUGAUGAAAUGGAACAAGAGUGUUACGGCAUACGAUGUUCCCGGCAUGGCUUACUACACUGAUACUUCGCCGACUAUUCAGUGGUGUACUGACAUUGCAGCUUCUGCUGGUUGUUUGCUUGGUGGUUCUACUAUGUUGAACGCUCUCAUGUUUGUCAAGCCUCGAGCUGCUGACUUUGAGGCUUGGCCUAAGGGGUGGCGGUGGGAGGAUGGUGUUUCUGAGGCUGCCAAGAGUGUUUUCGAGCGUAUGCCUGGAAGUAUUCUUCCUUCUGCUGAUGGAAAGCGUUAUGAUGAUGGUGCUUUUGAGGCCAUGUCAAAGUUCCUUGAGAGUAAUGGUUGGAAUGAAGUUAAUGCUCUUGACGACGUUGAGUCGAAAGACAAGGUCUUCACUCAUCCUCCUUGGCUGAUCAGCAAUGGCCUCCGUGGUGGUCCCGUUCGAGAUAUCCUUCCUGACGCACAGGCUCUCGAUAACUUCAACCUCCAGCUUCAUGCAAAGGUCCUUCGUGUCGUCCGCAAGGGACCUAUCGUUACUGGCGUCGAAGUCGAGAAUGAUAACGGUUCUCGUGAGAUCAUCAAGCUGAGCAAGGGUGGUUCCGUCAUUCUCUCUUCUGGCACGCACUCUACACCACGCAUUCUGUUCAACUCAGCCAUCGGACCCAAGGACCAAAUUCGCAUUGUUGAAUCUGGUUCUACCAAGAUUGAACUGCCUCCUACCUCUCAAUGGAUCGAUCUUCCCGUUGGUCAGCGUCUGAGAGACCACCCCAUCGUUGUCAUGGAUUUCAAGACCAAGGAGAAGCUCCCAGCUCUUGCUGGCGCUGCAUUCACCGACCCUGACGAUGAGACAGUUGAGCUAUUCGCUGAAGGAAGUGGCCUCCUUUCUCAAUCUGGACAGCGUCUUAACUUCUGGAAGAGUGUUAAGGGUAAGGAUGGUGUUACUCGUUACGUCCAAGGCACAGUCAACGCUCCCGAGAACAACACUAUUUCAGCCAAGAUCUACCUCACACACGGUCUUACGUCUCACGGCACUCUGGUGAUCACUCCUGAUGGCAAGACCAACAUCACUCAAAAGCCUUUUCUCAACACGGAGGGCGAUAAAGAUGCUCUCAAGACCUUUAUCAAUGAACUCCUGUCCUACGCAAGCAAGCCCGAUAGCAACCUAGUCGUGCCGAGCAACGCCACUGCAGACUCCAUCAUGGAAGUCUCCUACAGCGGUAACCAUCACCUUGGUUCAGCAAACAUGGGAGCACAGGACGAUGGUAAGAGCGUUGUUGGACCUGAUACUCGAGUCUGGGGAACGAAGAAUCUGUUUGUUGUUGAUGGAAGCAUGCAUCCUGAGGUUCCGACAGGAAAUACGCAGGCUUCCAUUAUGGUUGCUGCUGCGCAUGCCGCCAACAAAAUCCUGGCUGCGACAACCAAAGGAAACUAG